CAUCAGACUUGUGUCUCGCUUUGUCAAUUUGAGUUCCGCGACGCUCGCCGGCCGUCGUUGCCACCUUAUUGCUUCUAGCUUAGUUUAUAUAGGCUGCGUAACUUUGUACAAGCUCAUGGGGGCAACGUGCACAGGUUGAGCGGACGUCUGCGGCCUGGUCGCUGGACUUCGUCUCCGUGGAUCACCGGGCACGUAGCUUGUGGACUGACUUCCACAAGCAAUUAGAUCCAAAAGGUCUCGCUUGACUGGGAGUUCUGGGUCGCUGCGGCGGCUCCAUUCUGUCGCAAGGGGCCAUAACCAUUGCAGCAUGAACACUACUCGGCAAAUGGCAGCCAGCACCUCAUGCUCGUCUUUCACCUCUCUGGUAGCGCCCGGCACCCGGCUCCGCACCACGGUUCGCGCCCCCGCUAUGCAGCUUCGCAAUGGGCAGCGUGAAUCCGGUGCCGCCGGUACCGCUGCCUCAGCCAGCUCUUCCUCCUGCUGGCGCCUAGCUGCAACUGCUCUGGGGCAAGCGCAGCUGCACAGCGGGGCGCGAGUUUCCUGCAUGGGGGGCGUCAUCCGCUCACCGGCGGUGCUCUUGCGAGCGGGUGUGCCAACGCGGCUGCCGCAGUCCGCACACGCCAGUCCGUUGGCUGCUGUGCAGCCAGUAACCUCCACGAGUGGCAGUGUGGGCGAGCUCGGUGCCGCCAGCCGGAGGACCAGCAGCGGGGCGGCCUGCAGCAGCAGCAGCAGCGGCAGCCGCAGCGCCGUGUGCACGAGCGGGCCUGUGCGGGGGCUGGGGCGGCCGCUGCCGUCAGCAGGGCUGCGCCGCCGCCGGGGCGCCUCACCGAUAGCGGCUGUUGGCACUCCCGCCGUCGGCUCCGGCAGCGGUGUUGCAGACAGCGGAGCUAACGGCAGCACCGGAAGCGGGAACGGGGCAGAUGCCGCCGCCGCCGCAACCGCUGCCGCGGCCCCGAGCAACCACCACCCGCCCGGCAGCAGCAACGGUGACAACGGCAGCAGCGCAGCCGCCUCCGCCUCCACCUCCUCCGCCACCGCCGCCUCGGCCUCGGACCCUGCUCCCGAGCCUGAGCCGGCCGCCGCAUCCACCUCUCUGGACGGGCUGCCAGAAACGCAGAAGUACGUGUACGCCGACGAGUGGGGCUUCAGCCGCGUGGGGGCGGACUUCCCGCCCGGCUCGCACCCCUCGCUGUUCAGCCAGCUGCUGCCUCAGGCGCUGUUCGCCUUCGACGCCCGGGCCGCGGUGGCGGCGGUGGCGGUGCCGCUUGCGGCCAUGGCGGCUGGGUACGGCUGGCUGUGGUACAUGCACAGCAUUGCGCCGGUGUGGCAGCAGGCGCUGUGCGCGGCACUGAUUGGCACGGGCUAUGCUGGCUUGUUCAAGGUGGCCCACGAGUGCGCCAUGAUGCGGUUCAUCCCGCAGAUGCCCGGCCUGCAGGCCGCCCUGGGCACGCUGCUGAUGGCUCCGGCGCUGUACUCGCUGCCCUCCUGGCGGCUGCACCACCUGCACCACCUGCUGCACACCAACAUGCUGUGGCAGGAUGUGUGGGGCUGGCACCCGCUGACCAAGGUGGAGCUGGCGGAUGAGAUGGUGCGCAGCGGCGGCAGUGGCGGCGCCGCCAUGGCAGCGGCGCGGCUGGUGCUCACCACGCCAAUCAAGCUGUUCGCCUCGGUUGGCCACUGGCUGCGCUCCUGGGACGGACUGGACCUGCGCCACUUCCACCCCGCCUCCUACGUGGAGGUGCUCAGCGGCUGGGCGGCGCCGCUGGCCUUCGCCGGCCUGGUGCUGCCAGCCGUCGUGUCGGCGGGCGGGCUGUCAGGCUUCGUGAGCUGUUACCUGGCGCCCUGGCUGGUGUUCCAUUUCUGGCUGUCUGUGCUGUCGCUCACGGCGCACACGGCGCCGCACAUCCCCUGGCGCGCCGAGGGCGACGGCUGGGACGCGGGCCGCGCCGCGGUGGCGGGCACUGUGACGCUGCGGCUGCCGCGGCCGCUGGAGGUGCUGCUGAAUAAUGCCAACUAUAUGCUGCCGCAGGCGGUUGCGCCCGGCCUUCCGAUGUGGUCGGCUCCCGCCGCCUAUGCCGUGCUGGCGGCGCGGCUGGGGCCGUACCUGACCGAGGCCUCGAUGUCGCUCAAGCUGCUGACCAACCACGUCACCAGGUGGCAGAUCUAUGACGAGGAGGCGCACACCUACCGGCCCAUGGAGGAGGUGGUCGACGAAAUUGAGGCAGACCUGCAGCAGCUGGCGGCGGCGGCGCAGCAGGCGCAGCAGCAGCUGGCGGCGCAGGACCAGGAGGCCAGGGCGCAGCAGGUGGAGGGCAGGGAGGAGGGCAGCGGCGGCGGCGUACCGGCGGUGGCAUGAGUUUGCACGGUGUGAAUGUGGGAAUUGUUGAGAGGCGGUGGUGCUGUGGACAUCAUUUCGACAUCGGGCCCCGAGCGGCCGAAGGAAGCACGGCGCUGCGUGGUUGGUGGAGCGCGCACCCUAGGGUCUCGACGUAGAAAUGUAGCGUCUGUGUGCGUGUGUGGGCGGGAAAGGGUCUCGCGUGUGUGGCGUGUGUGGGGGGGGGGGCAGCACUGCGCAGAUAUAAGAGGCGAGCGGGGGGCGGUAACCGGACUGCGCUUUGCGAGCACUUGCGAGGCGCGUUUCUUGAGGGCAUGCGGGCAGCUGCCGGUGGUUGUAGGUGUGGCCACGCGGCAUGCGCUUAAGGAUUUGGACCCGAAGGGGCAUGGGGGCCUGUUGGCACGAAGGAGCUGCUGCCAGUGAGUAUGCCAAGGUGAUGGGAACAACUGGUAAGGACUUAUGCAGAGAGAGGGACAGCAAACAUACAGGCACGCAGGGCCGUGAUCGGUCUGCGUGCAAGUCGACUACUGUAUCCGUUCAACUACUUGAUGACGUCAGGGUGCUUGAAGUUGAUGUCACGAGGUUGUGGUCACGGCUGGCGUCACAAGUUGAGAGCGCAGUGGGCAAAUGGCGAUGUCAGGCCGUCAGGGGAGUAUUUGAGCGGCACCAGGUCGGGCCUCGAUAGUCGGGGACGGAGGUCGGGGAAAGGACACGUCGGGGUGAGGGAGAGGAGGCGGCGAGCGUGUGAACGUGGUUUGCAACAGCAGCUUCUUUCACCGUAAUUUUGUUUUGCAUGUCAUCAAGAAGUGCAAUUGCGCAAGCUAUAACGUUUGUGGAGCAGCGCGGUGGAUCCGUUCUUCAAACCAC